GAUAGCUGUUAUAUAUUUUAUUUGUGCGACUUCCGACCAUGCCCAACCGGUAGAAAUCCAUGUAAAAUUGUAAAUAGCGUGACUAAAGUAUAUCACCGUAACGUGUUGGAAAUUUAGAGAUUUGUUGUCUGAUAAUGGCAAUAACAACUGACCUCAUCCGCGAGAAACUUAUAGCGGAGAUUGGAGCAGUCCAUGUGGAUGUUGAAGACACCUCACCAAAUAGAUGUGCUGCGAGCUUCAAGGUUCUUGUGGUGUCUCCCCAGUUUGAAGGAAAGCCACUGCUACAGAGGCACAGACUGGUGAACACAUGCUUGGCUGAAGAACUAAAGGAGAUCCAUGCCUUUGAACAGAAGACCCUAACACCAGAACAAUGGGAAAAACAGAAAGCACAGUGACCCCCCCCCCCCCCCCCCCCACACACACACCACACACACACACACACACACACACACUUUCUCUCUGUCUCUCUCUCUCUCACACACACACACACACUCACACACACAAUCAACAUGUUGAUAUAUUAUGAAACAAGGACUGGAAAGACAAGAAAAGUUGCUAUCUUCAUACUAUGAGCAUGUCGCUCACGCAAACAAACACACACUUUCACAAAAAAUGUCUGACUAAAAGCAUGCCAUUAUCUUCCACUGCCAGUUCACAUGACCAUUUUGCUUAUCUUCAUCUGCUAGUUGAAACAGGGUCUACCAGUUCUUAACUACCUUUGUCAUGUACACCGGAACAUAUUA